GCUGCAGCCCGUUGCCUCGCGAAAGACGCGACCUGUUAUGGCCACCACUACUUCCGGGUUCUGGCAUUCUGGUUCAGAUCCACUUCUCCGCACAGUGCAGCACACACACGCGCACACACACGUCCACACACACACGCGCGCGCGCGCGCACAGUCUCAGAUCGGAGACUCGCGAGCGCGCUGCUCGUAAGCAUCGAUCGUGGCUCCUUUAAGAAAAAACCAACCCAGCAGAAUAUCACCCCACCUCUUCUUGAUCUAAUUGAGCGACUAUUGCAUUAAAAAUCUACUCCGGAGUCGUCAGCGAUCAAAGAAAGGAGAAAGCUUGAUUAUUGUUGGGUUUUUUUUUUUUUUAUUUUGGUGUGUAUCUUUGCAUUAACAUUUGAGGUGUGCCCACGAGAAGGAGCGCGCGGCUGGAUUAUCAUCCAUUCAGGACUUUGACAACCUCGUUCAAGAUUGACAGCCCGAGUGGCAAAGAGCCAUGAGACUCUCUGGUUCUGCGUGAGAAGCAAUUCCACAGUGGCUUUGCGGAGGAGAAGCUCCCUUCUCGCCCCUGUUGAUUGUUCUGGAGAAAGAAAAAAAAAAAAAAAAGAAAAAAGCUUGCGGGGAUAUUUGCGGCGUUUCAUGCUUUGCGUUUAAAGCCUGAGCAACGUCCUCUCGAUCGGAACCCGUGCGGGAUUUUCAGGGUCUCUGCUGGAGUUUGCGUUUCAUUUCCCCUUCACCCUGGCCUCAUAAGGAGAUAUUUUAAGUCCAAGGAAGAAGAGGGAGUGAGGAAGGCCGAUGGCGCAAAGGUACGAAGAUUUGUCCCAUUACGGGAUGGACGGAGUAGGAAUCCCCGCCACCAUGUACGGGGACCCUCACGCGGCCAGGUCCAUGCAGGCGGUGCAUCUGAACCACGGCGCGCAGCUGCACGCGCACCAGUACCCGCACAGCGCGCACAGCGCCAUGCAGCCCGCCAUGGGAUCCUCGGUGAACGACGCCCUGAAGCGGGACAAAGACUCCAUCUACGGACACCCCCUGUUCCCUCUGCUAGCGCUGAUUUUUGAGAAAUGCGAACUGGCGACGUGCACGCCGCGCGAGCCCGGGGUGGCGGGAGGUGACGUGUGCUCCUCCGAGUCCUUCAACGAGGACAUAGCCGUGUUCGCCAAACAGAUUCGAGCAGAAAAACCUUUAUUUUCAUCAAAUCCGGAGCUCGACAAUUUGAUGAUUCAAGCAAUCCAAGUCCUGCGUUUCCACCUACUAGAGCUGGAGAAGGUACACGAGCUGUGUGACAAUUUCUGUCACCGGUACAUCAGCUGUUUGAAGGGCAAGAUGCCCAUCGACCUGGUCAUAGACGACAGGGAAGGGGGGUCCAAGUCGGACAGUGAAGACAUCACCAGGUCAUCCGGGAACCUGGAGCAGACCUCGUGGAACAGGGACCACGAUGACACAGCAUCCAUACGCUCCGGGGGGACACCAGGGCCCUCAAGCGGAGGACACACGUCCCACAGCGGAGACAACAGCAGUGAGCAAGGCGAUGGCUUGGACAACAGCGUGGCCUCCCCGAGCACGGGAGAUGACGAUGACCCCGACAAGGAAAAGAAACACAACAAAAAGCGGGGAAUCUUUCCCAAGGUGGCAACAAAUAUCAUGCGGGCCUGGCUGUUCCAACAUUUGACGCACCCGUACCCCUCGGAAGAGCAGAAGAAACAGUUGGCGCAAGACACGGGCCUCACCAUCCUACAAGUGAACAACUGGUUCAUCAACGCAAGACGGAGGAUAGUGCAGCCCAUGAUAGACCAGUCCAACCGAGCAGUAAGUCAAGGAGGACCUUACACUCCAGAUGGCCAGCCGAUGGGAGGGUUUGUCAUGGACGGCCAGCAGCACAUGGGAAUUAGACCACCUGGGCCUAUGAGUGGAAUGGGCAUGAAUAUGGGCAUGGAGGGGCAGUGGCACUACAUGUAACCUUCCUCUAGUUAACCAAUCGCAAAGCAAGGGGGGAAGACUGCAAGGCAUGCCGGGGGACUACAUGGCCCACUGCGGUUCGAUGGGUAUGGGGCAGCCGAGCUUCAGUCCGCCCCAGAUGCCUCCCAGCUCUGCUCAGCUGCGGCACGGGCCUCCCAUGCGUCCCUACAUUCCUGGACACCCCCCACACCCUGCAAUGUUAAUGCACGGGGGGCCGCCCCACCCCGCCAUGCCUCUGUCAGCAUCCAGCCCCCCCAUGCUCAACCCAGGGGACCCGUCCAUGGCGGGACAAGUAAUAGACAUCCAUGCUCUGUAGCUUAAGAGAUCGUGAGUCAAAGAAAAUACAAAUGAGAGUGACACCGUGUUCUUUUCGGGAACCGUUCAUGUACUUGUUGCAGAGACUGGGGAACUCCAUUCCUGGUAUCUGAUUUGGACCAAGGAGAAGCUAAUGUCUGUAAUUUCCUGGGACCCUUUAACACAGGAAGUGUGCUGGAAACAUAGUAGAGCAGAAACAAUGAAAAAAAACUAUAUGAGCUCUUGGGGAGGAGGUGGACAUGCUGUAAAUUGUUGUAAAAUUACAUUGGACUCUCACUGGACAUGAGAAAUGAUUAUUGUAAAUGCUCUUCUAUUGUUCUGAAUAUUCUGUUGUUUCUUAUAGAUUUUUUUUAAAGAAGGAUGUGAACUUUUUUCUUCUUUUAUUCCCCACACCGUGUCUGUGUGCCAUGUCCAUAGACUUCGACCUCUGGCCCCAUCGCUUCUAGUACGAAAAACAAAUGCAGAAAUAAAUAAGUAAAUAAUAUAGCAUCAGAGAUCAGAAAACUAUCUUGGCCUCCAUGAAUGUAGGAGUGUCUUUGUGGUAUUUUGGGGGGCUUUCUGAAAAAAAAAAACCUUGGAUAUUCCAAGAUUCACAGCAUGUUGCUCUGGCCCUCCAAACUGAACACAAACCUUUUCCUAAUUCAUUUGACAGAAUCAGUCUCAACGGAUAUGACAGGUGAAAUCUCAAUAGAUAUGUGAGUUCUUCAAGCUAUCCAUUGUAAGAGGUCAGAAGAAGAAAACGUAAAAAAAAUAAGUAAAAUAAAAGAUAUUAGUUAAAUUGUUACAUUUGAGAUGUGAAUCUCUUCAUUGCAACUAAAAAAAUGGCUUCUGAAGCCAAAAUGCAACUUAAAAGAAUUAAAAAAACUAUUGUUUUCUGCUUGAGAUAGGCCCUACUUUUUCAAAGGUUACAGUUUGGAGAGUUUAUGUAUACGUUGUAAAUAAAUACUUUUGUGAAAAAAAAAUGGACUGGAUAAGAAUGAGCUGUAGUAUUUGCUUUUAAAAAGUUUCUAUGCUUAAAAAAAAUGUCUCUUUAUGGGAAUCGGAUUGAAGCUUUGUUGUGGUUUAAUAAAUACUUUUUUUCUAGUGAGCAAAAAGAAGGGAUGUUCCACUUUGAUUUGGCUUGUUAUGAUAAAGUCACCUUUUGCAUGUGUAUUAUUAUAAGUUUAAGAAAAUUUUUACAAUGCACUGCAGUCAAAACA